AUGAGAAGGGCAUCAGUAGCUCUUCCACGCUUAGGAGGCCCCUCUAAGCUUCCCUCUGUGAGGGCUUACUCCAAAUCGGCCUCUCCUCCGGCUUCACCGCCAGCUAAUGCUCGACUUCGAUUCGCCCCUUCUCCGACCGGUUUCUUGCAUCUAGGCGGACUACGAACAGCUCUGUUCAACCACUUGUUGGCGAGGAAGUGGAAGGGCAAGUGGAUAUUACGCAUCGAGGACACAGAUCAGACGAGGCUGGUUCCUGGUGCGGUAGACUCGUUGCGAAGCACGCUAGAAUGGGCAGGACUAGACUAUGAUGAAGGCGUCGGAGCCGGUGGCUCAAAAGGCCCAUACGUCCAGUCCGAACGAGUCGAUCUAUAUCGCCAUCAUGCACAGUAUCUGCUGGGCCAUGAUCACGCGUACGAAUGCUUCUGCUCGCCCUCUGAGCUCCAAGAGAUCAGGGUGCAGCUCGUCAAGCAGGGACAUAGGCAUGCGUACGACGGUCGGUGUAGACAUCUCACGGACGAGGACCGGACUCGGCGGAAACAGGCGGGGCAUAAGUAUGUCGUCCGUGUCAAGGACCCGAUAAAUGUCGGCCAAAUACCGGCAGAUCUGAUAUACGGGGAUGUACAGUUCCCGCCAUUAGCAGCAGCGGACGACUUUGUCCUGCUGAAGUCUGAUGGGUGGCCGACGUACCAUCUAGCGAGCGUGGUAGACGAUCACGCGAUGGAAAUAUCGCACGUGCUACGAGGAGAGGAAUGGCUGCCAUCCGUACCCAAGCAUCAUGCGCUAUAUCGUGCAUUCGGUUGGACACCACCUGGCUUUGCUCACCUGCCGUUGCUUGUAAACGCGGAUGGUACCAAACUCAGCAAGCGGACGGGAGAUGUUCGGGUUGAGCAUUACCGAGACAAGGGGUACGAACCCGAAGCUCUGCUCAACUUUCUCGCUCUGAUGGGAUGGGACCACCACUCCGCACUAGAGGAACUCGCUCAGCGGCAGCAGCAGAUCGCCUCGGCCUCAGGCACCUCUGCUACCCGCGCAGACUCUCACUCCUACUACGACCUCUUUACUCCCGGCCAGCUCAUCGCGGCAUUCUCCAUCGAACAUAUCAACCACCGAAAGGCGGCAGUCAACAUGUCCAAGCUGGACUUCAUCAAUAAGCUUACCUUGCGCCGGAAAGCAGGUCGGCUGGGCGAUGAUGGCGUCUUGGUCGAGAAGGGGAAGGAGGGCCUGGAAGCUCAGGAGAGGGCAGAGAUGGUGACUAGGUUACAAGGGAUGCUGAGGGAGCAGAAGGUAUUGAAGGGGAAUGCUCUGGUGGAGGAUCUGGACUACGUCGAGAAGGUCUUCGACGCUGAGCUAGCCCGAACGGUGCUUCUGAAAGACAUGAGCACGUCGUCAAUCUUCUUCUUCCUCGACCCGGACUUCUCAGCUGUCGAGACUUCAGAGAUGCUCAAGACCGUGAACCCAGUCCUAUACGGUAAUAUGGUCGAGCACAUUGUGCGCGAGCUGGAGAAACGCCUAUCUGAGGGGACAGGCGUGUUGACAGAGGAUUUCGGCUGGGCAGCUAUCAACUCUGUUCUGCGGGAAAAUCAGGUCCAGGCGAGGAUGGAGCUGUUGACGCCCAUGCGGCAUGCUCUGACGGGUCGCCGCAAGGGGCCAAGUGUACCUGCGGUGAUGGCUGUCCUAGGGGCAAGACGAACGCUGGAUCGCUUGGAAGCAGGACUGGUGCAUGUCAGGCAGCUGACGCGAGGGAGUAUUUAG